CCCCCCCCCCCCCCCGCGCCUGUGCAUCCUCCUCCUUCUCCUGGCGAGGCGGCCGGAUCCCGAGCGGGGGCUGGGAGAUUCGCCCUGAGGAUGAAGAUGAUGGCAGGCGGCUCGGUGCACCAGAACGGCAUCUUCUCGGCCUCCCACCAGCAGCCCCAGCAGCCGCCGCCCCCCCACAUGGAAUCGGACCCCCCCGACUCCAGGAAGAGGCCCCUGGAGACCCCCACCGAGGCCAUCAGCACCAAGCGCAGCAACACAGGAGAAGAGGGCGAAUAUUUCCUCAAGGUCCUGAUCCCCAGCUAUGCGGCCGGCUCCAUCAUCGGGAAAGGAGGACAGACCAUUGUCCAGCUGCAGAAAGAGACGGGCGCCACCAUCAAGCUCUCCAAGUCGAAGGACUUCUACCCAGGCACCACAGAGCGGGUGUGCCUCGUGCAGGGCACAGCCGAGGCCCUCAACGCCGUCCACAACUUCAUCGCCGAGAAGGUGCGUGAGAUCCCCCAGUCCGUGGUGAAGCCGGAGUCCGUCAACAUCCUGCAGCCGCAGACCACCAUGAACCCGGACCGCGCCAAGCAGGCCAAACUGAUCGUCCCCAACAGCACAGCUGGGCUGAUCAUCGGCAAAGGGGGUGCCACGGUGAAGGCCAUCAUGGAGCAGUCGGGGGCCUGGGUGCAGCUGAGCCAGAAGCCGGAGGGCAUCAACCUGCAGGAGCGGGUGGUGACGGUCAGCGGGGAGCCCGAGCAGAUCCGCAAGGCGGUGGACAUCAUCGUGCAGAAAAUCCAGGAGGACCCACAGAGCAGCAGCUGCCUGAACAUCAGCUACGCCAACAUCACCGGCCCCGUGGCCAACUCCAACCCCACCGGCUCGCCCUACGCCAACUCCACGGACGUGCUGCCGGCCGCCGCCGCCGCCGCCACCGCCUCGGGCCUGCUGGGACACACCAGCCUGGCCGGCGUCGGGGCCUUCCCGGCGGCCCUGCCGGGCUUCUCCGGCAGCGACCUGCUGGCCAUCAGCACGGCCCUCAACACCUUGGCCAGUUACGGAUACAACACCAACUCCCUGGGGCUGGGGCUCAAUUCUGCUGCCGCCUCUGGCGUGCUGGCCGCCGUGGCGGCUGGCGCCAAUCCUGCCGCAGCCGCUGCCGCCAACCUCCUGGCCUCCUACGCCAGCGAUGCCUCCGCCAGCACCAGCACGCCAGCCGGCGCUGUGGGGGCCUUCACCUUGGGCUCCCUGGCGGCCGCCACCGGGGCGGCCAACGGCUACCUGGGCACAGCCUCGCCGCUGGUGGCCAGCUCCUUCCUGGCCACGGAGAAGUUAGUGGAGAGUGCCAAGGAUAUGGUGGAGAUCGCGGUGCCAGAGAAUCUGGUGGGGGCCAUCUUGGGCAAAGGGGGCAAGACGCUGGUGGAGUAUCAGGAGCUGACGGGCGCCCGGAUCCAGAUCUCCAAAAAGGGAGAGUUUAUCCCUGGCACCAGGAACCGUAAAGUCACCAUCACCGGCACGCCGGCAGCCACGCAGGCCGCCCAGUACCUCAUCAGCCAGCGAGUGACGUACGAGCAGGGGGUGCGAGCCACCAACCCGCAGAAAGUAGGGUAGGGCCGGAGGGAGUCACCAAAGGGAGAAAUCCAUUUUAAACGUCAAACAAACAAACAAACAGGCCCCUCUCCCCCACCCUGCCCAUCCCCCGCACGCCCCCAAACAUGCAUCCCCUCCAGUAGGGAGGGGUUCCCCCCCAAUCUAAUGACCAGCUCCGAUCCAGACGCGAUCUCCGGAUCGGCCCGCGGACCUUGCCGUGCGUUCUGUCUGAUAUGUAUAUAUUGCACUUCUUUUUUUUUAAUAGAAAAAGAAAAUGGG